AUGUCCAAAUUUUAUUGUAUGGUAAACGCCGGCCCCCACUGGAAGGGGUGGCCGGACGGCCAGUUUAAGUGCUCCGGAUAUGAUAUAAUCACUUAUCAUCGGAAAUGUGUCGUUAGGAAUAUAGUCACUCAACGGUUCCAACAGACGACUCACCACUUACUGUUCCGUCAAAUGAUGGACAACACUCGAGAACCGAUAAUCAUCGAUAGUAUAGAAGUACACUUUCCGUACAAACCAUAUGGUUUACAACUGGAUUACAUACGGUCUAUGAUUAGGUGCUGCCAACAGAAACAGAACGGAUUGUUGGAGUCGCCGACGGGUACAGGAAAGACGUUAUGCAUACUUUGCUCGUCGUUGGCGUGGAUUCGCUACCAACGACUUCUUAAACCCAUACUUCGGGACCCGUUUGACAAUAAACCAGAGGUUAUUAUCAUUGAUAGUCCGCCAAAAAUGGUUCCAGAAGUGAUAACCAUCUGCGACAGCCCACCAAUAGUGGCUCCAGAAGUUGAGAACGAGGUCCGCAGUGAUGAUAGCGACAAAAGGGAGCCACAGAUUGUGUACACGAGUCGAACGCAUUCCCAGUUAUCGCAAAGUUGUCGCCAAUUGAAACAAACGGCGUAUCGGACAGAAGAAGCGGUUGUGUUGGCGUCUCGGGAACAGCUGUGUCUGUGUCCGCAAGUGCAGAGUCAGUCGGGGCCGACGAUGCAAAGCCAGAUGUGCUCCAAACUGGCAAAACACGACGAAUGCCAAUACUAUCCUAACGUUCAGAAAAAAGUGGACAAACAUAUCGACAAAUACUAUAAAUCGCGGAACGGCUGCAAAGUGAUGGACAUCGAAGAUCUGGUGGACUUCGGGCGCCAACACGAGUGCUGUCCGUAUUACUCGGCCCGCAAACUGGCCGACAGGGCGUCGGUACUGUUCAUGCCGUAUAACUAUGUGAUUGAGCCGCGGAUACGACACGCGAUGAAAGCGGCCAAAGCGUUAAGAGUUAAGGACUCUGUGAUUAUCUUCGAUGAGGGACACAAUGUCGAGGACAGGUUCGAGGAGGCGAUGUCCACACACAUCAACCGCCAAACGCUGGACACUUGUAUCAAACAAUUACAUUUAAUUGACGAAUGGAUGCAACGGACGCCCAAAAAGCAAGUGAACGAUAAGUUUAAAUCUGACGCCCAAUACCGUACCGAUCGGGUGCUUGAUAUGAGCUUAAAGCUCUGCGAACUUCAGAAGAAUAUAGUAACCCGUUUUGUGGCCAAAUUCAUUGACAAACCCUCAACUAAUGAGUUGUUUGAACUGUUGGACGAAUCGGGCUUUGAUUACGAAGCCAUCGGAUCGUGUAUUGGAUUCUUAGGCUUUAUGUACGAAUUGUGUGGCUUUCACGGCAUCGGUACCACCAGUCAACACACGUCUAUCCGUUUGGUGAAAGACUUUUUUACAAAAAUAUACCCGAAAUGGUUAACACCGGAAAAGUUAGACGAUUAUAAACAUGAUCUUUGUCUGAAAUAUAAACUUUAUUUUGAAAUUAAAGACACUUUUCAAAACAUGUGUAUGAGUCCAAGUGUUGGCGCCAAAGAACUGAUGGCCGAAGGCGUCCAUAGUAUGAUAAUCACGAGCGGAACUCUGGCACCGAUUCACUCGUUUGAGUUGGAAAUGGAUAUGAAGUUUAAAGAAAUACUACAAAACAAUCACAUCAUUGGCGCCAAUCAGCUGUCGAUCGUAACCAUCGGUGAAUCCAAAGACAACGUAAUGUUGUCCUCGAAUUACAAGAACCGCGACAAAGAGGAGUACGUGCGGGCUUUGGGUCAGACACUGGUCGACGUAUUCAAAGCGACUCCCAAAGGGAUUCUGGUGUUCUUCUCGUCCUAUAAGGUGCUCAAUAAAUGCGCUAAACUCUGGACUCAACUCUGUGUGUGGGAAGAGCUCAAUGCAGUGAAACGCGUGUUUCUUGAGUCCCAAAAUAAGCUGGAAUUUAAUAAAGCCUUCGAGAGAUAUAAGCAAACAGUGGACAACGGCUUCUCCAACGGCGCCGCCUUUAUGGGUGUAUUCCGCGGCAAACUAUCCGAAGGUAUCGAUUUGCCGGACGACUACUGCCGUGCGGUCGUCAUGACUGGCCUCCCAUAUCCGGCGGUAUUUGAUCCGCAAGUUAUGCUUAAGAAAAAGUAUUUAACCGAAGCCCAGAUCGGACUCACGCCUUACGAGUGGUAUGCGUUGCAAAUGAAACGAGCGUUGAAUCAGGCGAUCGGUCGAGUGAUCAGACAUAAAGACGACUAUGGAGUGAUUGUUUUGCUUGACUCUCGGUUUGACUCACUGUCAGACGGUCUCUCCAAAUGGAUUGAAAAGUUCAUUAAAAAACAGUCGAAAAACAACAUAAAUUUAAACCAAAAGUAUGCAAACAUUAGACAAUUUUUCAAUCAGUUCAAAACGAGUAAUUACAAUAUUAAUGAUAAUAAGAGUACUAUUGAUGUUUGUAAACGCAUAAAAUGCGAAUGA